AUGGAGACACCAGAGCCGCAUACGGUUUCUCUCCCCAAUUGUCCAGAGAAGCAGCCCCCCGCAGAACCCCGCAAAAUUGUUGUGGAGUGGGUAGACAAAUUCCGCGCAUCACUGGCUCAGGCAAAUGUGUCCGAUUUGCAAAAGCUCUUUCUCACAGAUGCAUGGCUGCGCGAUAUGGUUGUUCUCUCGUGGGACCUUCGCACCAUCAACGGUGCUUACAAGGUAGCUGCGUACUUCCAAGAGAAUCUGGAGAGAGCAAAGUUCGAAGAAUUUCACCCUAGGGAAUCUGAGCGGUUCGAACCGCAGUUUAAAACAGUUGAACCGGGAUUGCAAUGGAUUGAGACUAUGUUCGAUUUUGAAACUGAGACGGGAAAAGGUUCUGGGAUGCUUAGGCUUGUCCGCGAUAGCGAUGAUAUUUGGAAGGCGUAUAUGCUCGGUUUCGUCCUGCAGGGGCUAAAGGGAUAUGAAGAAAUAUCUGGCCUCAAUCAUCCUAAUAAAAGAUCAGAUGCCAUCGUGGAUAAUCCUCGUCAGGAGAAGCGUUUCACAGAUAUUGAACCCACCGUUCUUGUCAUUGGAGCAGGACAGGCUGGGCUUAUGAUCGGUGCAAGGCUGGGUAAACUAGGUAUCCCGACCCUGAUCAUUGAGCGAAACUCCAGGGUCGGUGAUAACUGGCGCAAGCGAUACAGGACUCUGGUCACCCAUGACCCGGUUCAGUAUUCUCAAAUGCCAUAUCUUCCAUUUCCAUCCGGUUGGCCCAUCUAUACGCCCAAAGACAAGCUAGCAGAUUGGCUAGAAACAUAUGCCAGAGUGAUGGAGCUCAAUGUAUGGACCGGCACGGAGAUUGAAAAAAGCGAGUACGAUGAAAAGUCAAAGACGUGGUCGGUGAUAGUGCGUUCGAAUGAUGGUGUUACUCGCACCGUACAUCCACAUCACAUCGUCCUAGCCACCGGCCAUUCGGGAGAACCACUAAUGCCCAAUUUCCCCGGAAAAGAGAAGUUCAAGGGUGAAAUAUAUCAUAGCUCGCAAUAUAAAGAUGCCUCCGAGCACGCGGGCAUUAAGGGUAAGAAAGUUGUCGUCGUUGGUACUGGGAACAGCGGGCACGACAUUGCGCAAGACUUCUACGAGAACGGUGCAGAGGUAGCCAUGCUCCAGCGCCGCGGGACCUUCGUGAUCUCGCAGAAGCAUGGGGUAAGCGCGCUUGUGGCCGGUAUGUACGACGAAUCAGGCCCACCCACAGACGAAGCCGACACCUAUGUACAAAGCAUGCCUAUACCUGUACAGUUCGCCUUACACGUCUCUGUCGUGAAAAUGCUUCGCGAGGGUGCGGAUAAGGCGACGCUUGAGGGUCUAACGAGGGCUGGCUUUAAGCUUGAUGCUUGUCGUGAUGGUGCUGGGAUUUUUAAGAAAUAUUUUACUCGUGGAGGCGGGUAUUAUAUCGAUGUCGGAUGCAGCAAAUUGAUUGUCGACGGUAAAAUAAAGGUUAAACAGAGUGAUGGGGGAAUUGAACAGUUUGACUCUGAUGGCCUGGUGCUCGCCGACGGAAAGGGGACAAAACUUGCUGCUGAUAUCGUGGUGCUGGCCACAGGGUAUGAUAAUAUGAAGAGCACCGCGAGAAAAAUUAUGGGAGAUAAGGUUGCCGACAAGCUUUAUUCCUCGUGGGGUUUGGAUGAAGAAGGGGAACUCAAUGCAAUGUGGCGCUACAGUGGCCAUUCUAAUUUCUGGUAUAUGGGUGGAAAUCUAGCUCUUUGCCGCUUUUUUUCUCGGCUACUAGCCUUGCAAAUUCUCGGGGUGGAAAAAGGGUUAUAUGUCCCCCCGCAGGAGAAACAGUAAAUGCCGCACAUUUCUCAGAGACAAGUCACAUAUUCUCUGAUCUCAUGAUUGGGGAAGAAGCUAGCAUGAUAUUAACAGGAUUAUCGGAGCAAGAUUUCUAGGAAUGGGAAAACCCUAAGGAUACUAGUAUGAUAAAUGCCUGACAGAAAUUGGUCGGAAAACUAAGGCUUGAUACUAGUUGUGAUAAGGAAAGGAAUAAAGAAGUUGCAAUAUGAAAAAAAGAAUUGGAAAUAGU